UCUCGCAUCUAUUCGAGCAAUCUCUCGGUUACGUUCACAUCGAAUUUGGUGGAAGGACAUAGUCUAGUCAGGGUUAUGCCAUUAUCAUUUAGAUCUUCCAGUCCCCCCACCGAAUUCAAGUCUCCAGUAAUUGAGUUUCUGUUCCGUGCAGACGGUGAGCGCGCGCUGUCCAAGGUGCUGCAGCAGCGCGCAGCCCCGCCCAUUCGCUCCUUAUCGCAACCACGUGACGUUCGAGUUCGUGGAGCAUCAGACUGCACCUUUUUCCUCCUCACAGGAGAGAGAGAGAGAGACAGAGAGAGAGAGAGAGAGAGAGAGAGAGAGAGAGAGAGAGAGAGAGAGAGAGAAAGAGAGAGAGAGCGCAAUCGAGCGUCUGUUGGAUGCAAUGGUAGACUACCUUGUCGCCAGGAGACAGGGCUUUUCUUUCUGUCCUGGUUUGAUAUCGGUUCCCAGUGUUAGGGAGACCUGAUUGCCUGCUCCGCGUUUCUCCUCUCACAGCGGGUUCAGUGUUCAUCACAUGAAAAGAAGAAAACCGAUCAGAAACUGCACUACACUGUCAUGGAACCGACCAAAGGAUGUGUUGAAGGUCGCUGGAUAGAGUGAUGACGCGGCAUUAAGGGACACACACACAGCUUUCCAAAGACAGAAAAAACAUCCAGGUCUGCUAUGAAAGUGCCGUCUCUUUCUGUCACUUGUGUGUGAGACAAACACACCUACACACACACACACACACACACACACACACACACACACACACACACACACACACACACACACACACACACACACACUGGGAAAUUGCCCACUCUUGGGAACAGGCCCAGGGCACAGAGAUGGAGCUCAUAUUACACUUUUACCAUCAGUAGUACACACAUGCGCGCACACACAUAUUCAGCAACAACAUACAAGGAGUUCUGAACGUGGAGGAAGAACACGGUCCAGACCUACAAGAACCCUCCCAGGGUGAAGCAAGGCCUGAAGAUUAGCAGACGACACCAAGAGGCCCUGUGCCAACCCCAGGCUCCCAGCAUCCUGUCCCAGUGCCUCUGACGGCCCUAUGAAGACUUUGGUGAGCCAAUAAGAGCGUAUCCGGCCUUCAAAGGGGGUGAAGAAGGCUCCUACAGUUAGCACCAUGAGCUGUAGGCUGGAGAGUCCCUCACUGCUCUAGCCCCUGUCCUCUCCUGUGUGUGUGUGUGGGUGUGCGCGCGCGUGUGUGUGUGUGUGCGCGCGUGAGACGGCGUGUAUGAGUGCGAGCGUGUGUGCGAUGGCGGUGUGCGUGUGGGCCGCGGCCCCCCUGCUGUUCCUGGGGCUGUGUCUGUGCAGCGUGGGGGGGCAGGCCCGCGGGGAGGUGCUGGAGUUUGGGGGCGUGUCGGGCCAGUGGGGCCGCUUCCCGGUGUGGAACGCCUGCUGCGAGAGCGUGCUCAGCUUCAGCCUGCGGACUCACAGCCAGGAGGGCCUGCUGCUCUACCUGGACGACGAGGGAUUCUGCGACUUCCUGGAGCUGCUCCUGCUCCACGGCCGCCUCCGCCUGCGCUUCUCCAUCUUCUGCGCCGAGCCGGCGGAGGUCCAGUCGGGUGUGGCGGUGAGCGACGGACGCUGGCACGCCGUGCGCGUCAAGCGCGACUGGAGGAAUACCACGCUUGAGGUGGACGGGAUGGAGGGCUGGGCGGAGGUGAAGAGCAAGCGCCGAGACAUGACGGUGUUCAGCCACACCUUCAUGGGCGGGGUGUCUCCGGAGCUGCACUCGUCCCCGCUGCGCCUCACCUCGCCCGCCAUCAGAGAACACAACCCUUUCCGGGGCUGGGUCACCGCGGUGACGGUGAACGGCUCGGCGACCGCGCUGGAGGAGUCGGAGGGCGUGGCCGUGAGCUCGGGGUGUGGGCCCGACCACGUGUGUCAGAACGGAGGCGUGUGCAGCGUCGUGAACGACCAGCGCAUCUGCGACUGCUCCCACACCGGUUACCAAGGCAACGACUGCAGUGAAGUGCACAGCUACAGCCCAGGUCUGGCUCACUUGAUGAUCGGCGACCAAGGCUGCAGUUGUCUCUAG